AUGGCUUCGGGAGAAACUACCGCAGCACCAAACAAUACGACCCUUGCCGGUGAGGUGUCAGGCGUCAUUCCGGACGCGGUCUCGGGAGAGGUCUCUGGAGUCAUCCCUGACAGCGACAUCAAAGAAGCCGCCCCAGCAACGAAGGCUACACCUAUCCAGGAGCUUUGGUUCUUGGUCAAAUCAAACGGACAUCCCGAGGUCUGGGGUGUUACUCUCGCAAACCCAGACACACAUGUCCCAACCCAGAUUGUUCUUCAGAAGUACCUCAACGCCAACGAAGGAGACCUUAAAAAGGCCAAGGACCAACUCACCAAGACUCUCGAAUGGCGGGCCAAGAAGAACCCUGUGGAAUUGUUGAAGAAGAAGUACAACCGCAACAAGUUUCAGGGACUGGGCUACGUUACUACCUACGGAGCUGAUUCAUCUGAUGUUGAAGGUCGGGAAGUCUUCACCUGGAACAUCUAUGGCAGCGUCAAGAAUUUGGAGGAGACCUUCGGCAACCUCGAAGAGUUUCUUGAUUGGCGAGUCGCCCUGAUGGAAGAAGCCUUGGAAGCUUUGGACAUCAGUAGUGCCACCAAGCCCAUCACCGCCGAGCACGACCCAUACAAAAUCAUCCAAGUGCAUGACUACAAAUCCAUCAGCUUCUUGCGUCAAUCUCCUGUGGUCAAGGCUGCCAGUACGGAAACGAUCAAGGUCUUUGCACAGAACUACCCCGAGCUGCUUAAGGAGAAGUUCUUCGUAAACGUGCCAGCGUUCAUGGGAUUCAUUUACACGUUUAUGAAGCUGUUUGUUGCUACGAAGACCAUCAAGAAGUUCCAUCCAAUGAGCAACGGCGCGAACCUCGCACGGGAACUGGCGACUAGCAGCAGGGUCAAGGGAUUGGCUGAGCAGCUGCCCAAGGAGUAUGGUGGGAAGGGAGCGGACCUCGAUGCCAUUGGAAAGCAGCCUAGCUUGGAAGACGCCACCGCAACCUGAGGCCACCAAGGCUUGAAAAGGAUACCAUGAUAGCAUCGAUACUGUAAUGAUGGAGAGGGGGACAAAAGAGUAUCAUCUGCACUUAUUGGACCAAGAAGGGAUUCAUUUCCAUUAGCGCGGGAGAAGUUGCGUAGAUAGAUACCCAUGGUUUUUCGAGUCGUUUAGUUUAGCAUUGCACCCUCAAUUCAGGAAUUUCAUAUGCCAUGGGUUGUGCUAAAUGGUCACGUCAAAUGGUCAAAUGGUCAAAUGAUGGUCGAUGGGUGAUGGUGAUACUCGGAGUGCAUCACAGGGU